AUGUCAAAUAUUAAGUAUAUUUACCUUAAAAAAAUACACAAAGUGCCAGCCAAUGUUACUAAUUAUUAUAACCUAGUUGAAACCAUUAGGAAUACUUACAAAUAACUGCAAAAUAUAUAUCUAUUUGCAAUAAUUAAUCCAUAAAAUCCAGAAGCACUAACUGAAAUCAAUUCGGAUGUCACCUUUCAAUAAUUAAAACUAACCUAUCAUUAACUAGGAUGGCCGUCCAUUAAAUUGCUAGUAACAGAAAAUUAGAAUUAUGAAGAAGUCUUAAAGGAUUCUUGGAAUUUAUUGAAUCAAAGCAUAGUGAUGACUGAGAAGAAGAAUCAUGAUGCUUCAACCUUAAUCAAUUCUAGUAAACAGGAUCACGGUGAAUAAAUUGCACCAUUUUUUGACAAUAUGGGAACUUAAGUGAAGGUUUAAUAAAUUGAUAAUGCUUAAAAUACGAAUAAAUUUGAUUUUCAAAAUAAUGUAUAAUUACAAUAAUUCAUUGAUGAAAUUAUCGAUCAAAAGCUAAAUGAAUUGGGUUUAUUAUAUGAUGAGAAUAAAUUUAAUCCAAGGGAUUACAAAUUUUACAAUUUUACUAAUAUUCCCAUUUUUACAGCCAUUCCAUAAAAGAAAAUUAAUAUUGAUUUGAAAUUAAAAAAUACUGGUAUUAAGAAAUGGAUUAAUCCAAAAAUAAUAAAUAAAGAAUUAAACGUCAGUUAGAAAUUUAUAGAUCUUGCUCCAGGUAGCACUUUCUCAGUUAAGAUUUAAAUCCCAUACAUGGUUUAACAUUUUGUAAAUAAUGUUGAACAUUAUUACAAUUUUGAAAUCUGUGUUUAAAAUGAGCAAGGUGAAUAUAAUACAAUAAAUGGAUAAAUUCUAAUUAAAGUGAAGGCCCCAGCCAAAAAUUAAUUAUCACCUUAAGAUGAGAAGAUCUUUAAAUUAUUGGAACUUUUCCCAUAAAAAGGGGAUGAAUAUAUAGUUAAAUUCGUUGCAGAACAUGGAAAAAAUAAAAAUGCUGAAUAAUUGGUUGAAGAAUUAUUAUAGUAAAAUUUAUGA